AUUAAAGAAUCAAUAUGGAAAGCAGUGCUAAAGUUAAGGUAGACAACCCAGUUGUAGAGCUCGAUGGAGAUGAGAUGACCAGAGUCAUCUGGAAGAUGAUCAAGGACAUGCUCAUCCUUCCUUAUCUGGAUAUUCCUAUUGAGUAUUAUGAUUUAGGAAUGGAAAGCAGAGAUUCUACCGAUGACAAGGUCACUCUUGACGCAGCUAAGGCUAUCAAGAAGCAUGGUGUUGGUAUCAAGUGUGCUACCAUCACUCCUGAUGAAGCUAGAGUGGAGGAGUUCAAGCUUAAGAAGAUGUGGAAAAGUCCAAACGGUACUAUCAGGAAUUACCUUAAUGGAACUGUGUUCAGAGAGCCUAUUGUUAUUGACAACAUCCCUAGGUUGGUCCCUGGCUGGACCAAGCCAGUUAUUAUUGGCAGACAUGCCUUUGGAGAUCAAUACAGAGCCACUGAUAAAGUAGUUGAUGGGCCAGGAAAGUUCAUCCUUAAAUUUGUUCCAGAGAAAGGUGGAAAAGUUGAAGAGAUUGAAGCUUACACUUUCAAGGGAAAGGGUGUCCUAAUGGGAAUGUACAACACAGAUGAGUCAAUCAUUGGAUUUGCUCACUCCUGCUUUGGUUACGCUCUUGAUAGAAAUUAUCCACUUUAUAUGAGUACCAAGAAUACCAUUUUGAAGAAGUAUGACGGUAGGUUUAAAGAUAUCUUCCAGGAUAUCUACGAGACAACUUACAAGCAGAAGUUCGAAGAGAAAGGGUUGUGGUACGAGCAUAGGCUUAUUGACGAUAUGGUCGCUUUCAGCAUGAAAUCUGACGGCGGAUACGUCUGGGCUUGCAAAAACUACGAUGGUGAUGUGCAAAGUGACACCCUUGCACAGGGAUAUGGAUCUCUAGGAUUGAUGACAUCAGUCUUAGUCUCUCCAGAUGGAUGUAUUGAAGCUGAAGCUGCUCAUGGAACUGUGACUAGGCAUUACAGAAACCACCAGAAAGGGAAGGAGACUUCUACAAACCCAGUUGCUAGCAUCUUUGCUUGGACUAGAGGACUUGCACAUAGAGCCAAGCUUGAUGAUAAUGAGGAGUUAGGCCACUUCUCUAAACUUCUCGAAGAGGCUGUGAUUGGUACCAUCCAAUCAGGAGUAAUGACCAAGGAUCUAGCUAUCUGUGUGAAGGGAUCCAAUGAUGUUGACAGAUCUGACUACGCUAGCACUGAAGAAUUUAUGCAAAAGAUUAAAGAGAACUUUGACGCUAGCUGGACUGCGAAAUUCCAAUCUAGAAUUUAAAUAGGAGAUAAAAAUUACGUUAGUUUAAAUAUUUUUGCAUUA